UGUCGGGAAAGUGUCAAACAGGGGGAUGUAAAAAUGAUCGGAAACUCACUAGAUAAACUUACUAAGCUAUUAACUAGUCGACCGCAGAGGCAGUUUGGAUAGGGCAACCACUGGACUCUGCUGUAGGUAUACAAUUUAUAGUCUAACCGCUUCACUUAAGUUAAGCAGAGGAACAUCGGUUUAACUCACUUUUGAACCCGCGACAUUGAUCGUCGAGCUAACUUAGUUAGCGACAGUUGAGCUAACCGGAGUCGGUAAAGUAACGUUAGUCAAGCUGGACAGUAGCAUGGUGACCGGCUUAGUUAAUAUUAACAUGUAACCAGAGCGAAGCUGGCUCUGUUAACGUUAGGUAGCUGCUUAGGUUAGGUUUGUCGUCCGUCUUUCAUUUACUGAGCGUUCAGCACGGUAUCCAGCCCCCGGGUAGCUGGCAGCAGGUCUGAUAACGUUACUAAAGGAGAGGAACAUGUCUCGGAGGCGGCUGGAUAGUCGCAGCGGGCCAGCUGCGGGGCUGCUCAGCGAAAUUCAGACCCCAAUCAGCACGGAUCCGGUGGAAAGUGUGUAUGAAAUCACCGGAGAGCUUGGAAGGGGGAAGUUUGCUGUGGUCAAGCGUUGUGUGGAGAAGGCCACGGGGAAAGUGUUUGCUGCCAAGUUCCUACGGAAGAGGAGGCGAGGUCGAGACUGCCGGGCAGAAGUCAUUCACGAGGUGGCCGUCCUGGAGACAGCCCGUAACAACGCCAGAGUGGUCAACCUGCAUGCUGCUUACGAGACAGAUCACGACAUCGUCUUAGUGCUGGAAUAUGCUGCCGGUGGAGAGAUAUUUGACCACUGUGUGUCUGAAGAGCUGCUGCCAGAGGCCCAGGUCACUCGUCUGAUGAGGCAAACACUGGAGGGAAUCCACCACCUCCACCAGAGCAACCUGGUGCACUUAGAUCUGAAGCCGCAGAACAUUCUCCUUACCAGCCUGACUCCUCCAGGAGACAUUAAGAUUGUAGACUUUGGCCUGGCACGCAGAUUGGGUGCGGUUGGAGAGCUCCGAGAGAUUCUUGGCACACCUGAAUACGUGGCUCCUGAGGUCCUGAAUUAUGAGCCAAUCACAACAGCGACUGACCUGUGGAGCGUGGGGGUUAUAGCCUACAUGCUGGUGACGGGCGAGUCUCCGUUUGCCGGGGACGACAAGCAGGAAACGUACCUGAACGUGUCCCAGGUCAAUGUGGACUACAGCAGGGAGACCUUCUCCAGGGUGUCUGAGCUGGCUGUGGACUUCAUCCGCAAGCUGCUGGUCAAAGCACCAGAGGACCGGCCCAGCGCUGCAGAGUGUAUGAGCCACCCCUGGCUGUGGCAGCUCUGUCUGAGCCCUGAACCCGCUCCUACCCGCACCAUCCGCGACAGGAGCUGCGGCAUCAAAUGGGCAGCUCUACCCGAGGACCCAGAAAACAAGGAGAACUUCCGUGACUCACCUCACUCUCACGCAAAAAGGUUCCGCUCCGAGGAGGAAACACCCACAGACGGUGACUUUUGAAAAAGCGGGUGGAAUUUAAGUGAGCUUUUAAAAAAUUUUAAGGCUGUCUGCUACCCACCACUCAGAAGUACUUAGAUUGUGUUUCUGUUCCACUAAUUUGCAGAAUUUCAAGAUGGCCCACUCAGACCAAAGAUAACAAGCUAAAUUUUUUAUCUGUCACUGAUCCAUUGCUGUUAAAAAGUGCGAAAAUUGUACAGUAUGUCUCAAUUAAUGCAGUGUGUGUUUAACCUCAAGUAUUUAAUACCUUGUUAAAGUCUCUGGUAUUUUCAAAGGACUUCAUAAGCCCACUCUGUGUUGUGUCUGUACUGAUGAAGGCUAGUGUGGAGUAUUUCUAGGGAAAUCUAUGCAAUUCUCUGGUGCAUUUUAAAUCUAUUUUCUCCAGAAACCUUAACAAAGUUUAUAACGUUCUGCCUUAAAGUUUAUGGUUAAGUGUUCUUAGUCAUCUGUGCUUCAGCAGAAAUGUGUGAUAUCGAGAUGAGCACCUCCGCAAUGAGGAAGUGUCAUUAUGUCUUUAUUUGCAUGUUGACGAGAAUUAGGGACAGCUGAUCUGCAGCAUUAUGGGAAACCUUUUGACUGAACCUCUAGGCUCUGUGGUUGGGUUCAUGUCAUUCAGUCACAAUUAAAUUUUAGGUUUAUAAAACGUGCUGCUGUAUUUCACAUCCAAGCUGCCUCUCGACUUUAAAAACAACCAGCAGAAGGGCAGAAUUACACAUGAGUAUAUAACAUUACUUCUAUGUUUGCAUAGUUUUUCCAUUGCAUUUUCAACUGCUUUAUCCGAGGCUGGGUGGCAGGGGCAGCAGGCUGAGCCAAGUACUUCAGGUGCCCCUCUCCCCAGCAUAGUCAAACUGUCAUUUUCUCCAUGUCCGAGACAGCAUGAGGGAUUAAAUUUAGCUCAGAGUUUUAAAUAAAACUCUCUUAAAUAACUCCAAACAUAGCAUAGUCCCCUUCCAAAGAACUGCAAGGCUUUUUGGAAGAAGCUGCUUUGACAGGUAGGCUCAACGUGAGCAACAAACAAUGGUAUUCAUGGCAUUCAUUUAUAUCCUUUAGUAAGAUAGAAACAUGAAACUGUACCGGCUGAAAAAACUAGUGACUCAUGCAGUUGUUCACAUGCCACACCCGCACUUACUCAAAUGAUUUCCUCACUGAGCUGUACAGUAAGUUCCUCUUUGUUAAGCAGAAGACGAGAACCAUGACUUUAGCACUUGCUUCAUAAGCACACGUAUGGAACUGAUAAGCAAAAGGGGAGCUAUUUCUGAUAGUCUGUAUGUUUGCUUGUCCUUGAAAGGUUCACUGUGUUUCUCACCAAAGCCAUUCAGUGUCCUUUCAUUAAAAAGCUCCAAUAGUCCAGUUGGGUCAGGCUGUCUGAAGUCCUAUAUUCCUGUUGUUUUCAUCUCAGGGCAUGCUGCUCACUCUCUGCUCACUUCGUUUUGUAUUCUUAAUGUUAUUCUUAUAGGCUUAUUAUUGUUAUUAUUAUUUAUGCGCUGGACUUACUUUAUAUUUUUAUGUAAAUAAUGUGCUCACAUGUCUUAUAAGGAAGCGCUGAUUGUGGCAGGAGAGGAUGAUUAUUUAAAACAAGCUGGUGUGGUUCCAGUGGAAUGAGUAAUUACUGGAAAUGUUUGACCGCAGUGGGUUGGGAAGAUGAAAGCGAGGGAACGGUUUUGAGGUGGUACUGGGAAGUAAAGCGAGAGAUGAGUCAGAUGGUUUUAGUCAGGAGGAAGGUGACUAAAUACUGGAAAUGUGUUAAAUUGUGUUAAAAGGUAUCGUUUUUUGGGAUGUAAGUGUGUUUCCCAAACUACUCCUUUAAGUUCAGGUGUGGAGUGUAAAGAUAUGUAGGCGUGAAAGGCUUUUUAGGUGAUGAGAAAGUGGGAACGAUGAGAAGAGAUGGAUGUUUGUCCCAAGAAGGUGACAGAACCACUGUUUAAUGUGAAAUGUGAGGUGCUGUUGAUUCACAGAAUUCGCCAUCUGUUGUUCACUUUGAAUGGAGAAAAAAAAAAUCUCACCUCUUGUAAAAGUGCAGUGCUGGCAACUCUGAGUGCUCUUAAUCUCCAGCGAAACAUUCCUCUUUUUGUUGGGAGGUGCCGAACCAAAUAAGAGCACAUUGUGUUUUUGUUUGUUGUUGUCACCAGCUGGUACAAUGGCCUUUGUGUGUGGGAGAUGGGCGUCUCCAGCCACGACCAUGCUCUCAUCUGUAUGCUGUCAUCCUUAGAAACUGGAACACCACACUGUAAAAGGUUUUCAUCUCAACGAGUAAUCUCACUGAGUUUGCAGAUUCCACUUGAGCUUGUUGUAAGAAUAGAUCUGGAGAGUUUAUCUGUCUAAUAGUGUCAGGUGAUUUCUUUUGCUACUGUAUGAGGAAAUAAGCUUGAAUCUUACUUCAUCUCAAGAGUUAAGUAUUUUCAUAGUCUACUCUGCUUUUUGUAAUACCUCUCCAAACAGGUGUCGGUGUAAAUAAUCUUGAUUCAGGCUGAAAUGAUGCGACUUGAUACUUAAAGUUUCACGUUUAAAUUUGUACAAAAACAAGCUAAGCAUUCUCUUUCCUGAAGCAUCUGUAAAAACAAGACUUAAAACUUGAUGAGCAGCAUAAUUUGAAGAGAAGACGGAUUGUUUUGCGGUGCAGUGAUGUCAGAGAUCUCACUUUGCAGGAUGACGAAAUGCUCGACAAAGUGGCUCGUGUUCGCAGGCAUUGUCCGUCUGUCACUUGAACAUGACUUAUGCUGGUGGUGUUGAUGUUGUUACUUUAUACAGCUAUUGUACUGUGUUAUUUUCAGCAGCUAAGUCACUUGUGGCCUGUGUGUGUGUGUGUGUUUGUGUGUGUGAGCACUCAUUGUCUGAGCGGGAGGUGCUCAGCUCUCACUCAGGCCGUCAUCCUCGAGAAGUGGAGCACCAGUAACAUCAGGCGACUGAUGUCACCCAACAUUCCUGUUUUGUUCUGUGUGAGAGUGAAGGCUACUGUAGGUUACAGUCAAACCAGCCACAAGCACAAGCAAAUAAUUGUUCAAGAGAUGUAUGUUUAUUUUGCAUUUUAUAUUUUUUUAAUGUAUGAGCAUUCUGAUUGCAUCUGAAAUGACUAAAAAAAAAAAGACGUAAUCUUUAUUGUAUUCUGAUCAACUGCAAGCUAAUAUGUAGGCAUCACAAAGCAAACUGAAAAAGCUCAUUAAAGGUUGUAGAAAAUA